AUGCAUAGGUUUUCUAUCGAACAAUUCGCACACUUGCGCUUUCAAUCACAGUCAUUUCAUAUUGUUCCUCCCCCACCACCUCUUUCCAUCCAUAUUCGCCCUCUUUCUUUCUCUUCCCCUUGCUCAUAUUUUUGCCUGUCUCUCACUUUUGUUGUCUUUCUCUUUCUUUCUUUCUUUCUUUCUUUCUUUCUUUCUCUCUCUCUCUCUCUCUCUCUCUCUCUCUCUCUCUCACACACACAUACACACUUUUGGAUUCUACCUCUUUAUCUCUUUUCUUUCUUUUUAAUCUUCACUCUCAUUCUUUUUAAACUAUUUUAUUUCUUCUUCUUCUCUCCCUUUUCUAUCACAUGCUCAUUGUCAUUCUCUCUCUCUCUCUCUCUCUCUCUUUAUCGAAAUCUCUGCUUCUCUUCAUCUCUCUUUCACGACUCUACAAUUAACAUUUCCUCUCUCUCUCUUUCUCUCUCUCUCUUUCUCUCUCUCUCUCUCUCUAUCGUUUUCCCAUUAGACCUCUCUUAUUAUCUCUUUGUCAUUGUAACUGUAGUAAAAGUUUCUCUCUCCCUCUCUCUCUACCUCACUGUAACUCACUUUUCUCCUCCUUUAUCUCUCACACGUGUGAUCACAUUUUCUCUCUCCCCCUCUAUCUCUCUUUCUAUUUCUCCCUUUCUCUCUCUCCCCUCUCCUUCUCUUUCACUCCCUAUUCUUCUCACCCCCCUCUCUCUGUUUCUCUCCCUGUCUGUUUCUCUCACACUCUCUUUUUCUCUCUCCCCUCUCUAUAUACUCUCUCUACCCUUCGCUUUCUUUCUUCCCUUUUUCUCCAUUUUAAUUCUCUCUCCCUCACUCUCUCCUCUCCAUAUAUCCUUUUUUCUUUUCCCCUUUCCUCAUUUCAUUCUCUCCCCAUUUCUCUCCCCCGAUACUUCAUGA